AUGGUUAAAGAGGGUGAUCUGAGUAGAAGAGUCGAGACUAGAAUAAAGGAGGUGGUAGUUGUUGAUGAGGAAGAGGAUGUUGAAGAUGUUAAAGAGGAGGAUGAGCAUAAUAUUAUCUUCAAUGUUGAAGAUGCUUGA